AUGGUACUGGGGCGCAAGGGCAUUUUAUUCAAAUCGCUGUCUUAUAAUCGCUUCGUUUAUCUCAAAAGUUUGUAUUGGAAGUUAAAACACACCUCUGGAUUCAUUACCCCUGAGUCUCGCCUUGUUCCUGAUGUAGCUGAGAUGGUUAGAAAUUCCAAAGAAAAAAUUCCACCUCAUGUGGGGAUGUUAAAACUGAAACCAAUUUCAGUCCCCGCUCAACUUGAAAAGGCAGUAAAUAGAUUGAUUGAAAAAUAUCCUACAAAUAAUCUUGUGGAAUCUGCUGCAAGUUUUGCUCGGGUUCUUUGGGGACGACAUCCACCAAUUGAGGCACACGAAUUGAACAAGAAAUGGAAAGAAGUCACCAAGGAAGUUCUGGAUAACACAAAAUUUUCCAGUAAACUUUCAGAGGAUGCUCUUGAAAAGAAAAUACAUCAUAAAAUUGUUCAUCUUGUGAAGACUAAAACUUACAAUUGGCAGCCUAUAACGUAUGAUGCCUAUAAAAGUUUCUUGUAUAUGGUCUCCAGAAUGCCAGCUAACUAUGCAGUCCUUAUACAAUGUCUUUCAGAAAUUAUCAAAAGAGAUCCUAAUUUUAAGCCCAGAAAUGUCUUUGAUUUUGGUUCAGGUACUGGUUCUUCUAUUUGGGCCUGUAACAAAAUCUGGAAUAAAGCCAUAUUUGAAUAUUUCAGCUGUGAUAUUUCUACUGAUAUGAACACUGUUAAUCGUCUCUUACUUCAAGAUGGAGAAGAACAAAAAGACAUGUCCAUUAAUGGUGUCUAUUUACGACAGUUUAUACCUGUAAAAAGCACUAAACUUUACAAUUUAGUGAUUUGUGCAUAUUCAUUAUUUGAACUGAAAUCAAAAACUGACCGGCUGAAUAUAAUUUACAAACUGUGGAAUCUCACAGAAGAUUAUUUGAUAAUCAUUGAAAAUGGCACAAAUGCUGGUUUUCAUUUGAUAAUAGAAGCAAGAAACGCUAUAUUAAACAAAAGUGAUGCUGAUUCCACCACAGAAACCAAUGUCUUUUCUCCAUGUCCUCACAACCUCAGUUGUCCAAUGUUAGUAGAAGCCAAAAAAAUACCCUGUAAUUUUGAGGUCAUUUACAAACCUUUUCAUUUUGUUUCUAAGGAAAAGAAUUUUGUAGAAAGAUAUUCUUAUGUCAUUCUUCAGAAGAAGCCCUUAAAAGAAACAAAUCAUUGGCCACGUGUUUUGCAAUCACCUCGCAAACACUCCAAACACAUUCAUAUGAAACUCUGCUGCCCAAAUGGAGAAAUUCAACAUGCUUUCAUCACAGCCAAAAAACAUGGCAAAGAAAUGUAUCAUUGCCUAAGCCAAAGCAAGUGGGGUGACUUAUUGCCCGUGACACAUGCUCCUUGUGCACAAUCACCAAAUAAUCUUCAAAUCUUGGACAAUUCAAAGGCCACAGCAAAUGAUGUGCCAUUUCUUGAAACUGAUCCCCAUACUCCAAUGUUCAUCUAUUAUACUUUCACAUACUUCCAAAAUAACCUUUCUAUUGCUUUAGACAUAUUUUUAACAUGUUCCAAUUGUGAUGAGUCAUUGGAUAAUGAUCAGGUGAUACCCAUUGCACUUGUCACUCUUUACCAAAUGACAAGUUAG